GCUGACAAAUACGUUCAUUAUUUGAGAAAUGUUUACCAGGCGGCGGUGACUCCGAAAAUCUGAAGCACUCUCAUGGCACCGUUCGAUCUCGACGCAUGUAUAGAGCAAUUACUCCGGAAACAACUUCUACACGAGGCCUUGUUACGAGAAAUAUGCGAGAAAACAAAGGAGGUUCUCAUGCGGGAGUCGAAUGUCGUGCAUGUUAGUGCACCUGUCACGGUAGUUGGAGACAUUCAUGGACAGUUUUACGAUUUGAUUGAGAUAUUCCGAAUAGGUGGCUACGCGCCACAUACCAAUUACUUGUUCUUGGGAGACUACGUCGAUCGGGGACUGUUCAGUGUCGAGACAAUUUCCCUCCUAACAUGUUUGAAGUUACGAUACCCGGACAGAGUCCAGCUAAUUCGAGGAAACCACGAAUCGAGAGCAGUCACCCAGACUUAUGGCUUCUACACGGAAUGUGUCCGUAAAUACGGCUCUUCGCAUGUUUGGACGUACUUUACGGACAUGUUCGACUUCUUGACGUUGUCAGUCGUGAUCGAUGACCGGAUAUUCUGCGUACAUGGCGGUUUAUCGCCUUCAAUACAUUCCAUUGACCAGAUCAAAGUUGUCGAUCGAUUUCGAGAGAUCCCCCAUGAAGGUCCUAUGGCCGACCUCGUGUGGUCCGAUCCAGACCCGGAGAAAGAAGACUUUGCAAUUUCACCUCGGGGUGCGGGAUACACAUUCGGCUCCGGUGUUGUGUACAAGUUCCUGGAGACCAACAACAUGUCGCAUAUCCUGCGUGCACAUCAGCUGUGCAUGGAGGGUUUCUCCUCACUAUUUGACGGUCAUCUUUCGACUGUCUGGUCCGCCCCGAAUUAUUGUUAUCGAUGUGGCAACUCCGCGAGUAUCCUUGAGGUACGUCCGGAUGGCGAGAAAUUCUUCAACGUAUUCCAAGCGGCACCAGAGAACGAGAGGGAUGGUCCUAGUCAACAGGCUGCUCAAAAUGCAGGCGGAAAGCUUCCGGAAUAUUUCCUGUAACUUAUUGCAAUUUCGAUGUAUACUUAGAUUCCGUCAGAUACCUCAUGUAUGUUUAGCAGGUUGAAUAUCCCCGUUUAGUUAACGCGAUUCGACAUGGACCUUAGCGCAUCAUGAUCAUUCCUCGAUGAUGGUCUACACCAGAAGAUGUAUGGGAGCGGCCCGUUAUCGCACUCUAGCACCCCUGACUUCCGAAGGUGAACCUGUCAAGCAAGGUACCGAGCAGACUCUUGAGGAUGUCGAUGAUCAGGAACAUCGAAGUCGUCGGCGUCGAGUAAACUAUCGACGCCCAA